AUGGAGAAUGAGAACUCUUGUGAGCCUUUAGGUCCUGAUGAUAGACAGGCGUUGGAAUACGUGAUCGCAAACAGCUUGAACAGUCUUAAGAAAACUCUCUGCGAAGUUGUUGAGGGCUGGAAUAACAGGUGAUACUACUUCUUUGAUAUAGAUAUCUCUCAAAUGUGAAAAGCAACUGAUGUACAGUUGAAGCUCUAUCAAGUGGCAACCCUUCGGGAAACGACAGGUGGCAACUCAAUAUAAGUUGGCCAUUCAACAAUAGAGUUUCUUUUCUGUUUACAGAGUGAUUAACUGGCUGCUGAAUGGUGCAUGUAAAAAGGCUUACCUGGUAGUCAUUCUUUAUCACAGUAUACUUAACUUUUUUCUAACCCCCUGUGCUCUAACUUGAUAACUGCCAUUUUAUAUUUUUCUAUAUAUAUAUGAAAACCUCUGAAUUAUUUGUAAAAGCCUACAGGAAUAUGUCCAAGCAGAAAAGAAGAAAAACAGCAAAGCUUCUUCUACCAAAGAAGGAAAGUUACUCUCUUCUUCUUCACUGCAACUUGAGGGAAAAUCCACGGAGUCUCUUAACGUAUGUGGAUUUUUUGCUUAAUAGAAUUAAAUAAAUUAUUUUGUUGGGAGUCAAUUUAAUAGUGAAGAAUGAUUUUCUCUGUUUGAAAUGGUUUUUACAACUUCUUUUUAAGCCUUUAACAUGCAUAUUCUCUGCACUGUCUUCUAAGCAGGUGAUAAGUAGAAUUGGUAUAGUAAUCAACUGAUCUUUUCUUUUGUUCUCACUCCCUUUGUUCUUGUCACAACUAAGUUAAAAACUGUUUUUUUUAAAUCAAAAUGUAGACUUUUGUGACCCUUUUUGAAGGCGUACCGAAAGAUGGCUUGGUUCUUUUAGAUAAAGGAGAGGAAAGAAAAAUGGCGAGGAAAAAAAAGCGAGCAAUGUUCUUUCCCUCCAUUUUUCAUAUCGCUCCCAUUUUGUGGCUGUAAUGUUUAGAUUAAUUUUCUCUUUUCGUUUUUGCUUUCAGCAGCAACUGAAUAAACCCACAGACAUGGUAUUAGGGGUGAGUAUGAAUUCUACAGAAAAUCGGAGCCCGUCACUUACUCCCUGGGGAUCAAGGUCAGCAUCUCCUUACCUCACCCCUGACACAAAUGAACCCGCAGGUGAAGCAUUUAGCAGUUCCGACAUGGAAGUACUUCAAGUUACAAGCAGUUUUCGACCCAUUACACAUGUAGCGAUGAAUGUGGCGACACCUUCUGACUCCCCCACACAAGGAAUUCUGCCUGUCGGAGGAGUGGUCAGUGGCCAUUCCUUCCUGCCAGGUCUUAAAAGUGACCAUUUUGCAAGGGUAAAACUUCAGAAAAAUGCUGGUGGCUCUUAUAAAGCCUUUGUUGUCUCUGGGCCUUGCGGUGAAGAAGUGCCAUUUGUGACUAAAAAAGAUAAAGAAUGUUCUGGAGUUACAGUGGAUGGUGAAAAGGAGCCUUAUGGGGCUGGGGUGGAUAUUGCAGUGGUGUCUGCUGGUGCUAAGGAAGGUGAUGCAAAGGGACCUCCUGAGGUAAAGAUGGGUGGUGCUAAGGAUCCUCCUGGCGUUAAUUUGGAUUGUGCAAAUGAACCUCCUGGUGUAAAGAUGGAUAGUGAGAAGAACUCUUCUGGGGUAAAGAUGGAUGAUGAGAAGGAACCCCCUGAGUUAAGGUUGGAUGGUGCAGAGGAAACCACUGAUCGGGACAUUGUGAAGAAGAAAGAGGAGGAGAGGUCUUCUUGGUACGUCAUUGAAGGAGAAAAUCAAGAUUCUAGUAUUUUGGACGAUGUCAGAGACACAAAAGGCCAGCAGAGUGUAAGUCGGGAUCAUUUCUGCCCCUCGGCGGAAACAAAAUUAAAAGAAGCAGCUGUAAAAUCCCAAGAGGAUGCUCCUACUGUGGUAAAAGCAAAUGCCUUUUCACUUGGACAUCGAAGGGUUGUUUCAUCCCCUUCAAUGAUUGCAGUCUCUCCACCUGAGAGCAAUCUGUUGGGUGUGGUCAGUGACGUGAGUGGUGGUGCCCACCUGCAACGAAGUAGAAGUGACUCUGAGUUAAGUGCUCAUGUAAAGCAACGUGGGACGCAGGUUUGUAAAAAAUAACUUCUUAAUAACAUAUAUGUAGAAUGAAGAUAAAGACAAAGUAGUUGGCAAAAGUACCUCAACAGACUAAAAGAAUGAGUGUGGAUAACUACCUAUAGCGAUUCAAUUCAAUUCUCUGCCAUCCAAUGUUAAAUGCUGUGAUAAUUUUAAAUCCUUCAGUAAGGAAACAUUAUGUAUUUUAAGGGAGCGCUGCCGGAAUAGGGCCCAAUAAUUUCUUGCAUAGUUUUAAAUAAUGUAUAUAUUGUAUUAAUUAUUUUUACUUUUUAUUACCUAGCUUUUUUUUACAAAUUCAUAAUUCAGAUUUAUGUAUUUUUUUUCCUUUUAAAUUCCUUAUUUUAAUCUUAUAUCAGGCGAAGAGCCAUACCAUGGAUGUCAGGUGAUACUACUUCUUUGAUAUAGAUAUCUCUCAAAUGUGAAAAGCAACUGAUGUACAGUUGAAGCUCUAUCAAGUGGCAACCCUUCGGGAAACGACAGGUGGCAACUCAAUAUAAGUUGGCCAUUCAACAAUAGAGUUUCUUUUCUGUUUACAGAGUGAUUAACUGGCUGCUGAAUGGUGCAUGUAAAAAGGCUUACCUGGUAGUCAUUCUUUAUCACAGUAUACUUAACUUUUUUCUAACCCCCUGUGCUCUAACUUGAUAACUGCCAUUUUAUAUUUUUCUAUAUAUAUAUGAAAACCUCUGAAUUAUUUGUAAAAGCCUACAGGAAUAUGUCCAAGCAGAAAAGAAGAAAAACAGCAAAGCUUCUUCUACCAAAGAAGGAAAGUUACUCUCUUCUUCUUCACUGCAACUUGAGGGAAAAUCCACGGAGUCUCUUAACGUAUGUGGAUUUUUUGCUUAAUAGAAUUAAAUAAAUUAUUUUGUUGGGAGUCAAUUUAAUAGUGAAGAAUGAUUUUCUCUGUUUGAAAUGGUUUUUACAACUUCUUUUUAAGCCUUUAACAUGCAUAUUCUCUGCACUGUCUUCUAAGCAGGUGAUAAGUAGAAUUGGUAUAGUAAUCAACUGAUCUUUUCUUUUGUUCUCACUCCCUUUGUUCUUGUCACAACUAAGUUAAAAACUGUUUUUUUUAAAUCAAAAUGUAGACUUUUGUGACCCUUUUUGAAGGCGUACCGAAAGAUGGCUUGGUUCUUUUAGAUAAAGGAGAGGAAAGAAAAAUGGCGAGGAAAAAAAAGCGAGCAAUGUUCUUUCCCUCCAUUUUUCAUAUCGCUCCCAUUUUGUGGCUGUAAUGUUUAGAUUAAUUUUCUCUUUUCGUUUUUGCUUUCAGCAGCAACUGAAUAAACCCACAGACAUGGUAUUAGGGGUGAGUAUGAAUUCUACAGAAAAUCGGAGCCCGUCACUUACUCCCUGGGGAUCAAGGUCAGCAUCUCCUUACCUCACCCCUGACACAAAUGAACCCGCAGGUGAAGCAUUUAGCAGUUCCGACAUGGAAGUACUUCAAGUUACAAGCAGUUUUCGACCCAUUACACAUGUAGCGAUGAAUGUGGCGACACCUUCUGACUCCCCCACACAAGGAAUUCUGCCUGUCGGAGGAGUGGUCAGUGGCCAUUCCUUCCUGCCAGGUCUUAAAAGUGACCAUUUUGCAAGGGUAAAACUUCAGAAAAAUGCUGGUGGCUCUUAUAAAGCCUUUGUUGUCUCUGGGCCUUGCGGUGAAGAAGUGCCAUUUGUGACUAAAAAAGAUAAAGAAUGUUCUGGAGUUACAGUGGAUGGUGAAAAGGAGCCUUAUGGGGCUGGGGUGGAUAUUGCAGUGGUGUCUGCUGGUGCUAAGGAAGGUGAUGCAAAGGGACCUCCUGAGGUAAAGAUGGGUGGUGCUAAGGAUCCUCCUGGCGUUAAUUUGGAUUGUGCAAAUGAACCUCCUGGUGUAAAGAUGGAUAGUGAGAAGAACUCUUCUGGGGUAAAGAUGGAUGAUGAGAAGGAACCCCCUGAGUUAAGGUUGGAUGGUGCAGAGGAAACCACUGAUCGGGACAUUGUGAAGAAGAAAGAGGAGGAGAGGUCUUCUUGGUACGUCAUUGAAGGAGAAAAUCAAGAUUCUAGUAUUUUGGACGAUGUCAGAGACACAAAAGGCCAGCAGAGUGUAAGUCGGGAUCAUUUCUGCCCCUCGGCGGAAACAAAAUUAAAAGAAGCAGCUGUAAAAUCCCAAGAGGAUGCUCCUACUGUGGUAAAAGCAAAUGCCUUUUCACUUGGACAUCGAAGGGUUGUUUCAUCCCCUUCAAUGAUUGCAGUCUCUCCACCUGAGAGCAAUCUGUUGGGUGUGGUCAGUGACGUGAGUGGUGGUGCCCACCUGCAACGAAGUAGAAGUGACUCUGAGUUAAGUGCUCAUGUAAAGCAACGUGGGACGCAGGUUUGUAAAAAAUAACUUCUUAAUAACAUAUAUGUAGAAUGAAGAUAAAGACAAAGUAGUUGGCAAAAGUACCUCAACAGACUAAAAGAAUGAGUGUGGAUAACUACCUAUAGCGAUUCAAUUCAAUUCUCUGCCAUCCAAUGUUAAAUGCUGUGAUAAUUUUAAAUCCUUCAGUAAGGAAACAUUAUGUAUUUUAAGGGAGCGCUGCCGGAAUAGGGCCCAAUAAUUUCUUGCAUAGUUUUAAAUAAUGUAUAUAUUGUAUUAAUUAUUUUUACUUUUUAUUACCUAGCUUUUUUUUACAAAUUCAUAAUUCAGAUUUAUGUAUUUUUUUUCCUUUUAAAUUCCUUAUUUUAAUCUUAUAUCAGGCGAAGAGCCAUACCAUGGAUGUACUGAUAUUAAACCGUUAUUAUUAUUAUUAUUAUUAUUAUUAUUAUUUAACUGAUUGACAGCUAUAAGUGCUUAAUACGGGUUAUCCAAAACCUAAGGACUAGGCUAUAACCGUAUCACAAACUAGGAAAAACGAGUUGUUAAAGCAAACUGCCCUGAUUGUUAUCGAAACGUUUUCUACAAAUUUUCUAUUGGCAACUUGCUUCCUAGACUUGCCGUUUCGUUAUUGAUAACGUUUUUUACUGAAUAGUAGUUAUUAGUGACAAACUGUUUCAUCCAUUAAGGCCCUGCUAUUGUAUGAGAUCUAGUCUUUUCAGCGAUUAGGGAUUGCAGCACAGUUGCUUGAGUUAGGCAGAUUAACACAUCUCAUUCGUCUAAAAUUUAUGCUGGUAUGUGUUGCUAGAUGUUAAUGGAAACCACCUUUGAAAGUGUCGGUGAGGGCAGCGUUGAUUUAACUCGCCAAAAAGAAACUGUGUCUGAUGCUGAUGAACUGGAUGGCGGCUCAAACGAAGAA